AUGCUUGAAGAGGGCAUGCCAGCCUCCGUGAAACAAAAGUUUCUGGGGUUAUGGACCGACGAUUGUUAUACUGCAGCCGUCUUGGUUUUUGCAAAACCAGAAGAAGAUGACCUUUACAACUCCGGCGCCAUCAAUCUUCUUGCCAACCUCCACCUGAACUCUUCCACUGCCACCUCCGGCAACCACCAGCUCCAUCCUAACACCAUCACUGCAACUGCCAGAGGAACCCCAAUUUCCUUCACCAGAAAACGCUCUGUCUGUGGCUCCAUGAAGAUAAUUUCACAAUCCUCUUCACUUUCUCGCAAAGAAGCCUUAUGGGAAAGAGCCACCCUCCAUCUCUCUUCCUCCGCAAGAGACGGCGCCGCCACUACUAAAAUCCCACUACUUUCCACCAAUUAUUCAACCCCCCCACCACCACCUUCUUCAAACACAUUGCAGUCUUUUCCUAGUAAAACCACACAAAUCUCGAAUCCUUCAAGUCAAUUCUUGAAUCCUCAAUCAACAGAAAGUUCUCCCACAGAGGCCACACUGCCACCUCUCUGCUCGUCAGAUUAUCAUAUGGUGGUGGCCGCCACCGACAUGCCUCCACGUCCUCGGCGAAGUCCUUAUCAAGAAAGCCCCAAUUCCAAGAGACUGAAGAGAAUGAACGAACGGAUGAAACAGAUGAAUCAGUGGUGCAACCAAGUCAGACAUGAAGAAGAAAACAAGAAUGAAAGUGAGAAAGAAGCAGAGAAAGCAGUAUGGGUGGAUGAGAUAAAUGGGGGAGAUUUAAUCAUUCACUUCAAGUGUCCAUGUGGUGGAGCCUAUGAAAUCCUUCUCUCUGGAAAUAAUUGUUUCUACAAACUAUAA